UUCUCAUGGCAUAAUCGUUCCCUGAACCCAUCACAGCAAAUAUGAUGUUUUCUUCGAUUCUCUGAUGGCGAAAGGCAAAGGAAAGCGAAUUCCUGUAGCACUACAUGGUGAACUGACCGAGUACUCCUCGCUGUUACGGGCAUUGCGAACCGGGAGUACAUUGGACGUCAGCAGCCAGAUCUCUAAGCACUUCGAGUCCAGCACAACCGUCGUGGAGAACGAUGAAGAUCACUCGAAAGAUGAAGAAGAGCCGCGUCCGACGUCACCCGUAGCAAGCCCCAGUUCACAACCUCCAUCGCCAUCUCCAAUUGUGACUUCUAAACAUAAACACAAUGAUACAGGUACAUCGGCCCGGACACCAGCACAGACGGCCAAAAAGAAAAGGAAACAGAUACAAGCUGAUAUAUGGACGAAAUGGCCACUGCUGCCGGAAGACUUGAUUAGACCGCAGUGGGGGCUGGAAGAUGAGAUUUCCGUCAUGGCGUCGCAACGUCAGAAGCAGAACCAGCCGGAGAGCGACGAAGAAGAAGACGACAAAGAAUACCUGCCACAUCUGCAUCUUUCGACGUCUAAUUGCCUUGAGGCAAUCCUUGCGAGUGUUGUUGCUCAUACUCCUCUACGAGCCGAUAGCAUGCAGAACAGACUGAAUCCCAUCGAUUGGCGGUUUGUUUUGAACGUAUUGGUCAGCCAGAAGGUUGUCCAUCCCGAGGUUAUCGAGCGGGCAGAAAUGCGUCUACGGUCUAUGUAUGAUGCCAGUGGUACUGUGUCAUUGCACGCGAGCCGUCGCGCUCAGCAGACAAUUAAGUCUCGGAACAAGUUGGCUGAUCUUCUCGCUCCACAUGACUCCAGCCUCUUCACUCUAGCCGAGCGCCUUCCCACGCCUGAACUUCAGCUUGAGCCAACUGAAUCUCAGGUUAAGAAGGAAAAAAAGGAAAAGAGAGGAAAGCGCGUAUCGAGAGUCCCGCGUCGGAGGAAAACCACUCGAAAACGUUUGGAAUCAACGUAAGUGUUGACAGCGGUUCUCUGGAGGCGAUGUCAGUGUACAAUAACUUGGGUAACAUUUCACAAUUACUUUGUAUUUGCCAGUCUGAUUAAGUCCGCUGGAUACAGGGUACUUUGAGUGGCGGCAAUGGAAAUGUUCGGUCCUUACAUGAAGACCGACGCCGAGGACGGGUUUCCAAAGAUUUUGCCUUCGUAUUUCCCUUGGAUAUUGGGCAUUAUUUUGCCGUCGAUACUGUACGCACUUUGGGAAAAGAAUGUUGGUCUUAUUUCUUACGGAUGUACUAUACAGCAUAGCAUUUACUGUCAUAUUUCGGCAUACCGGACCGAACGCCGACAUGAUGAACUAC